ACACAUUUGAAGCUAAUUAACACUGCUGCUCACUUCUAUUGUCAAAGAGGCGCCCUCGGAUGCUGAGGCCCCUGAGAAAAAAGCCCCACCUAAUGGCAGCUCUGAGUCUAUUACACUGGUAUCCUUCCUGCCUGUGACCAUUCCUUCCUCCUUUCCCUCUGUCUCCCACCAGCUCCAGCCCACAUUUCCCGUUUAUCUCCUCGCUCCUUCCCUCGCCUGUCACUCACAGCCCCAAUAUCCUCUCCAGUCCCGCCCUCCCCUCGCUCAGACAAUCGAUGACUCGGUUAUCUACUCCACCAUUCCCCAGGCUGAGUAGCAGCCUGGCCGUGGAUGCCAGAGCAAUGGAUUCGGGAGUGACAGCCAUGGCGCCCGGAGAAGUGACAGGGAAGCCCUGUAGGAAGCGGAGGCAGUGACAGGAGGAAUUCUUUGGAGCGGCCAGCGACCAGGUACCAUACACCAGCAUGGCAUCAUUCGACGAGCAGGGGGAAGUGAGAGAAGGGUUCCUUUGCCCUUUGUGCCUGAAAGAUCUUCAGUCUUUCUAUCAGCUCCAGUCACAUUAUGAAGAAGAGCACAGUGAGGACAGAGAUGUAAAAGGGCAGCUGAAAAACCUUGUACAAAUUGCCAAGAAAGCGAAGAACAAGUUGCUGAAGAGAGAUGGCGAGCGAGCGGAAGGUGGCAGCCAAGAGAGAUAUGAGGCUUACAGCUAUGGAGGAGUGGAUCCUUGCAUGUGGGACCCUCAGGAGAUUGGUGCAAUGAAGAGUCAUCUGUCAAAUUUCAAAAGGCAUCGGGCUGCCCGGAUUGAUCAUUAUGUAGUGGAAGUGAAUAAACUGAUUAUCCGAUUGGAAAAGCUGACAUCAUUUGACCGAGUUAAUACGGAAUCUGCCAAGAUAAGAGCUAUAGAGAAAUCAGUGGUUUCGUGGGUGAGUGACCAGGACGUGCCAUUUUGCCCAGAUUGUGGGAAUAAAUUCACCAUCCGGAACAGGAGGCAUCAUUGUCGGCUCUGUGGAUCCAUCAUGUGCAAGAGAUGUACAGAACUGAUCACCCUCCCAUUUGCAAGCAAGCUAACCAGUGCCAGCAAACACUCACUGUCUGCACACGGCAGCCCCAACUUGUCCCCCAGCAGCAGUGCUCAGCAGUCGCGUCGAGGAAGCAUCAGUAGCCUUAGCAGUGUGAGCUCCGUGCUGGAGGAGAAGGACGAUGACAAGAUACGUUGCUGCCACCAUUGCAGGGACACUUUACUGAAACGUGAGCAGCAGCUGGAUGAGAAAGAGCACUCUCCUGAGAUUGUGAAAUACUACCAGAAGCUUCGAAGUUGUAUGGAGAAAGUUGAUGAGAAAGCGCCCGAAUAUAUCAGAAUGGCUCAGUCUAUCAAUGCUGGGGAGACAACCUACAAUUUGGACCAUACCAAUAACCUCCGGAUUGAGUUACAAAAAUACUACGAGUUAAUAGAUGCAUUAAGCAAGAAGAUUCUUACCCUUGGAAUGAAUGAAGAGCCCAAGCCUCACCCUAAAACACAGCAGUUACAGAAGAUGGUGAGAUAUUCUGCCACCUUGUUUGUUCAGGAAAAAUUACUGGGCCUGAUGUCUUUGCCAACUAAAGAAAAAUACGAGGAGCUUAAACAGAAGCGGAGGCAGGAAAAUGAGCAGAAGCUGCAGAGAGAGAGACAGGCUGAAGUGCAGAGAGCAGGGGAUGAAAAGAAAACAGAUGCACGUAACGGUGUUCUGUCUCCGAGUGGUCAGGUUCGUAAAGUUGAGGGCUGGCUCCCAACAUCCGGACACUCUCGAAAUAGAGAGAUGUCGGACCCCCUUCUCCAGCAGAUUGAAAACAUUACUUCGUACAUCCGGCAAGCUAAAGAAGCUGGACGAGUGGACGAGAUGCAUAUGCUGGAGGAUAACCUUAGACAACUGCAGGAGGAGUAUGAUGAGCAACAGGUGGAAACAGCCAUCCAGAUGUCUAUGGUUCUGGCUGAGGAGGAGGCGAUGCAGUGGGAGCAGCUGGAGGUGCUAAGGAAAAGAGAGGUGAAACGUGAGCAACUGAAAGGUUUAGCUCAGCACAACAGAACUCAUUCCUUGGAUUUUAGAGAGCAGAGGCAGCCACUGGGGUGGCAGGAAAAACAGACGGCGGCUCUGGACCUACAGCUUCCCAAAUGUGACCUAAACGAUUCCCUUUUCUCCCAGCAUAUUACUGAAAGCAAACUGGACAUGGAGCCCCACUAUGUCCUUCCAAAUCACUCCAUGACUACAUCCCCUGUUUUGCCCAAACUUGAGAAGAUUACCGUUACACCCUCUAACCCUUUUGAAGAUGAGGAACCAGCACUUUCCCUUCCUGACCACACACAUCAUAAUGGCAGGAAGGAAUAUAAUCCCUUUGACGAGGAUGAUGAGGAUGACUUGGAUGGUAAGGAAGAGGAUAACAAACAUUUAUCAGCCCCUGCCUCAAAAAAUCCCUUUGAAUGCUCCACAGACAGUAACAGUGCACUAGGUAUCUCCCAGAAUCCUUUUGACACUGAUGAGGAUCAUGUCCCAGGGAACCCAUUUGAGGCCAGUGAGGAGACCCCAGAGGAAGAAGAGGUCAUAGAGGAAGAUCUGCUGCUGCAGCAGAUUGAUAACAUCAAGGCGUACAUCUUUGAUGCCAAGCACAAUGGCCGGCUGGAUGAAGUAGAGGUUCUAACUGAGAAUCUGCGAGAACUGAAGAAGACACUUGCCAAACAGAAGGAGCAAAUGAAAUAAAACAGAGUAGUGAGAGAAAACACAUUCUCAAAGAGACUGAACAGCGGUUGUUAUGGGUCUUGCUCAGAGUUCUAGGUCGUUUAAAACCUGGGCUCUUGUAGCACCAAAAGGGUUGUAUCGUCCAGAUUGUGGCUUUUUAGUGGCCAUUCAGUUAAGUAUUAAUUGUCUCAUAUAGGCUUCCUUUUUUCCCUCUUAAAAAGGCAGUAAAGUAUGGCAGCUUGUUUUUUUAAAGGAACAGUAACGCCAAAAAAUGAAAGUGUUUUAAAGGAAUGGCAAUAUAAUGUAUUGUUGCUCUGCACUGGUAAAACUGGUGUGU